AUGACAAAGUUUCUAUCUAGUGUAUCUAUGCCAGCGAGGUUACGUCAUCCUUCCAUCCUUCAAGUUCACAAAUCGUGGUCUAAUUCAAUAGACACCUGGUGUUUAGUUGUAGAAAAUUCAGUGCCAUUUAAUACGUUUUCCGAAAACCCAAUGGCAGAUGAAUUAUUGUCUGGAUCACGCAGUUUACUCUCUGCUCUCAGUUUCCUGCACAAUACAGUAGUUUGCUGUUUUGUUUGA